GUAUAGAUAGGCGUAGACAAUAUAGGUAUAGGUAAGAAUAUUAUUUUCAACCUGAUUACAACGACUUUGCUUUUACUUAUCUGAUUGAAAAUUCAUCUGUUUAUCAAUGGAGAUCUACGAUCUACCAAAACUAAUUAAUUUUUCUACGAAGUAUCGUCAAUCGUGCUAUUUCUUUCUAAUCAAUCUUCAGUAGAUAUGAAUACUUACUUGCCCUUAUCGUGUGUAGUAUUUGAUUAUAAGGUUAUCAACUUAUCAUAUGUAGAUGAGAACAUUUUUAGUCGAAAAAUUUAACAGGAACUGCCCUUAUAGGUUAUUUAACUGAAUUGAAACCUUAUAGACAUUUCGCGUAGGUACUUGCGGAUCUUCGACUCGAUCGUAUCCUAAAGUAAUUUGUUUUUUUUUUCGAAAAUGAAGAUCUCUUCGUUUAUGGGAUUAUUGUUUUCAUUUUCGUUGUUUUUUCGCCCAGGAAUAAAUGAACCUGAUUCGUCGGAUCUGGAUCUCUUAUCACGUGGACAAAUCUGCAGGAAAGAGACCGUCGGGAAAAUUUCUACCGAAGUUAUUGACACGAAGAUCGACGACUCUUCUUUCGUGGAACUCAUUUAUAACAGUACUUUUUGGUCCGAUAAGUCGGGUUUUAUUCAUUAUUUAUUAAAAUCUCCUGCGAAAGUCUUACUAGUCAUUUACCCGAGACGUUUUGGUAAAACCACUAUUGCAAAAAUGGUUCAUUUGUUCGCAAGAAUUCUCGAUACGUCUUUACCGGACGAACAACGUUUAGAAUUAAUCCGAAGUUGCUACUUCAAAAAUGGUUCGAUUCCUAUCUUCAACCCUAAAUCUACUGGUUCGGGACGGUGGAUGAUCACCGACACCAUUAAUAUCGUGCCAAGUCCUCUGCUCAGCCGAGAAACAAAAUUCGUUGAAAAUCACAUGGGAGAAUAUCCUGUGAUAUAUAUGGAUUUUUCCACGUUGAAAGGGGUGUACGAUGAUCAGCUUCUUAGACAAAUGAAUACUUUGAUCCGGGAAACGUUUCGACAACAUGUCCAUCUGCUCGAAUAUUUUAAAUCUAUCAACGAUACGUUCGCCGAAACUAAAUUCAAGUUUUUUCUCAACGCUAUAAAUGAAAACGAGAUUCAGUUGUUGCCUAGUAUACCGUUUUUGGCGGAAAAGCUAUCCGAGUAUUUUCAUCGUAAAGCGCUGAUUAUCGUUGACGAAUGCGAUUCACCUUAUAAUUCAUUGCUGUUACCACCAUACAUUUACAAAGGCGAUAAACUUAAUAAUUGGUUAUUUUACUUUAGAAGUGUGAUGGAAUGGUGGUUCAAGUUGAAAACGCAUGAUUACGUUCAUAAUAUAUUUCUUACCGGUGUUAUGAGCUUUCCAAUGGUUUCCGGUCUCUGUGAUGUCAUUUGUGUCGAUCAGAGAAGCAUAUUGGGCGAAUUUAAUUUAAACCAAUUUUUCGGAUUUUCAUCAUCAGAAGUUAAAACUUCAUUAACGUUGGCAGAGAAAAAGGAAUAUUUUUCUAUACACGAAGAACUGACCUCCAAGUUCUCGUACGAAGACAUAGCCAACUUUUACGGAGGCUAUCACAGUAUGGGAAGCGACCCGAACACGAUAUUCAAUCCGCAUUCUGUUCGUUUAUUUUUCGAAAAUUCAGCCCUAAAUCCGUACUGGUACAGCAGCGAUAUCAUCGAUUCAUUUGUAAAGUUAUUACGAUUUGAAGAUCUCAUGUACAAGAUUGGCCAGUUAUAUGAAACUAGAGCCAUUGUUCUUCCAGUACAUAUCUUGAACGAUAUUGAUCAAAGUGGUCUUAUGAGAAUUAAGGAAUUUGUUACCAACGACGAUAUCGAAACAGGGUUUAAUGGGAUGGAUUCAGAAGUGGUGCUGGGAGUGCUCUGUCAUAUGGGAUACAUUACAGCUGUGAAAGAUUCAUUCCACUAUACCGGUUAUGCCAUCGAUACCUUUAUGGCUAAAAUUCCAAAUGAAGAAAUUCGAAUAACUCUGUUCGAACGAUGGUAUACGGUUGUCGUGCUCGAUAGAAUGCACAAGAAUAUUCCAAAUCCAGUCUUCGUGGACGAAAUUGGCACAGAACUACAGUCAUGUGGUGGAGAAAGGUCAAUAAAAUCUCGAAAAGGAAUCGAAGGAUUGUUGGCUAAAAUUAUACUCUGGAUUACUCCAUUUGAUGAAAAAGUUGCAGAAAGUACAGUAAUGGAAAUAAGUAAAGUUUACAAUUCUGAUCGCAAUAUCUUCAGGAAAACAUUUCUUGUGUGCAACAUUAUAAUUGAUGUUGCGAAGAAAGUUUUUCUAUGAUGAGAACCAUAUAGAGACCUAUAAAUACCUAAGGUAUAGCCAGUAUGGGAACUGGAAUCAAAAGACUUUCAACCCGAGAUGUAUUUAAAGAAACGACCUAGAGAACCUCCGAAGGGUUAAUUAGUAUAACAUGCCUGUUGAAAUUCCAAUCUUCUCCACUCACCCUCGAUGUAAAAAUAGAUUUUUGACACGA